AUGGAGGGGCUCAUCGAGCUGGUGAACCGGCUGCAGGACGCCUUCGCGGCGCUGGGGCAGAGCUGCCUGUUGGAGCUGCCGCAGAUCGCUGUGGUGGGCGGGCAGAGCGCCGGCAAGAGCUCGGUGCUGGAGAACUGCGUCUCCAGGGAUUUCCUUCCACGAGGAUCUGGAAUUGUAACAAGGCGACCAUUGGUUCUACAGCUUGUCACUGCCAAAACAGAAUAUGCUGAGUUCCUACACUGCAAAGGGAGGAAGUUUACAGAUUUUGAUGAAGUUCGUCAAGAAAUUGAAGCAGAAACAGACAGAGUGACCGGACUGAAUAAAGGCAUUUCUUCAAUUCCUAUUAAUUUAAGAGUGUAUUCCCCACAUGUGCUAAGCCUGACCCUUGUUGAUUUGCCUGGAAUCACUAAAGUGCCAGUAGGGGAUCAACCUCCAGAUAUAGAGCAACAGAUCAGAGACAUGAUUAUGCAGUUCAUUUCUCGUGAAAACUGUCUGAUCCUGGCGGUGACUCCAGCCAACACUGAUCUUGCCAACUCAGAUGCAUUGAAGUUAGCUAAAGAAGUAGACCCUCAAGGCCUGAGAACCAUUGGUGUAAUCACAAAACUGGAUUUGAUGGAUGAAGGAACUGAUGCAACAGAGAUUCUGGAGAACAAGUUGCUCCCUCUUCGUAGAGGGUAUAUUGGAGUUGUAAACAGAAGUCAGAAAGACAUUGAUGGGAAGAAGGAUAUUAAGGCAGCCAUGCUGGCAGAAAGGAAAUUCUUCCUUUCCCAUCCAGCUUACAGGCAUAUGGCAGACCGGAUGGGAACACCGUAUCUGCAGAAAGUUCUAAAUCAGCAACUCACCAAUCACAUUCGAGAUACACUGCCAGCCUUCAGGAGCAAACUUCAGAGCCAGCUGCUUUCUAUAGAGCAUGAAGUAGAGGCAUAUAAAAACUUUAAACCAGAAGAUCCGACUAGAAAGACUAAAGCCUUACUGCAGAUGGUUCAACAGUUCUCAGUGGACUUUGAAAAAAGAAUUGAAGGAUCAGGGGAUCAAGUUGACACAUUAGAACUAUCUGGUGGUGCCAAAAUCAAUCGUAUUUUCCAUGAGCGUUUUCCUUUUGAACUAGUAAAGAUGGAAUUCAAUGAGAAAGAACUGCGGAGAGAAAUAAGCUAUGCAAUCAAAAACAUACAUGGUAUCAGAACAGGUUUGUUUACUCCAGACAUGGCCUUUGAGGCUAUAGUUAAAAAACAGAUAGUGAAGCUGAAAGGGCCUUGCUUAAAAAGCGUGGAUCUGGUGAUGCAAGAGUUAAUCAACACUGUCAAGAAAUGCACUAAAAAGCUGGCAACCUAUCCAAGGCUAUGUGAGGAAACGGAAAGGAUUGUUGCUGGCCACAUUCGAGACAGAGAGGAGAAGACCAAGGAACAGGUACUGCUGCUAAUUGAUAUCCAGGUAUCUUACAUCAAUACCAACCAUGAAGACUUCAUUGGCUUUGCAAAUGCCCAACAACGAAGCAGUCAGGUUAACAAAAGUGCAGUUGGAAAUCAGGGAGCCAAUCUACCGCCUUCACGGCAAAUUGUGAUCCGGAAAGGCUGGCUCACCAUCAACAAUAUCGGCAUCAUGAAAGGGGGGUCCAAGGAAUACUGGUUUGUUCUGACAGCAGAAAGCUUGUCCUGGUAUAAAGAUGAUGAGGAAAAGGAAAAGAAGUACAUGCUUCCCUUGGACAACCUGAAAGUGCGGGAUGUUGAAAAAAGCUUCAUGUCUAGCAAACAUAUUUUUGCCUUGUUUAACACGGAGCAAAGGAAUGUUUACAAGGAUUAUCGCUUCCUUGAGCUGUCCUGUGAUGCCCAGGAGGAGAUGGAUAGCUGGAAGGCAUCCCUACUGCGAGCUGGUGUCUAUCCUGAUAAAUCUUCAACGGAAAACGAUGAGAACAGCCAGGCAGACAAUUUCUCCAUGGACCCCCAACUGGAGAGGCAGGUGGAGACUAUUCGCAACCUUGUGGACUCCUACAUGUCUAUUAUCAAUAAGUGUAUUCGUGAUCUGAUACCAAAAACAGUCAUGCACCUUAUGAUCAACAACGUAAAAGAAUUCAUAAAUGCAGAGCUCCUGGCUCACUUGUAUUCCUCUGAGGACCAAAACACCUUGAUGGAGGAGUCAGCAGAACAGGCUCAGAGGCGAGAUGAGGGGCUUCGCCUGUACCAAGCCCUAAAAGAAGCACUGGCAAUCAUUGGAGAUAUUAGCACUAGCACUGUAUCUAUCCCUGCCCCACCUCCAGUUGAUGAUUCCUGGCUACAGCAAUCCCGCAGAUCACCCCCUCCAAGUCCUUCAACUCAGAGAAGGCCUACAUUAAAUAAUCCCCCAACCAGACCUUUAUCUGGCCGAGGACCUGCUCCAGCAGUCCCAUCACCAGGCCCUCUGUCUGGGGCUCCACCGGUCCCAUUCCGUCCAGGACCAUUACCUCCAUUUCCUAACAACAGUGAAGGCCUUGGGACGCCACCUCAGGUUCCAUCUCGGCCAACGCGGGCUCCUCCCAGUGUUCCAAGGCGAGUGGAUACAGAUGGCUUCUCCCGUCCAGACAGUCCAACGCACUUGCUUGAUAUGUGAUUUGUUCCAUGUUGCCGGCUGUUUGUUUUGUUCCCGGUUUGUGUUUUAUCCCUCUCUACUUUUCCAGAAUGAUGUACACAGCGGCGGCGUUUUGUGAGGAGCAAGUGCUCACUUUUUCUCUGAAUGUUGCUCUGUAUGUUAAUGGCCUCAUUAAUAUGAGCCACAACACCUGCCAUUGGUUUUGCGGUAUGUAAAUGAUUACUGGCAUGGACUUUUGCACACUGUGACUGGAUCUCUGGAUCCUCAG